AUGGCUGCGCGGUGUAUAAUAUCUUCACCCUUCUUUCUCUCACCCCUUCGCUUGAGGGGCCCAGCCACCCGUCGGCUGCAGCAGAAGCGGCAGCAGCUGCUGCAGCAGCAGCGGGAGCAGCAAACCCCUUUUCCCAAAGCAGCAGCAGCAACAGCAGCAACAGCAGCAGCAACAGCAGCAGGUGAAGAAGACUGCAGCAGCACAGCUUCCUUCUGGGACCCUCAGCUGCAGCAGCACCGCCCCCACCAGCAGCAGCACCAGCAGCACCAGCAGCAGCAGCAGCAGCAGCAGCAGAGCAGGGGGCCCCCCAAGCGCGUAGGUACCGGGCAUUAUGCAGACCCUAUGAGGGCCCCCGUUGCUGUCGAAGGCUGCAACUCGGUGUUUGCUGAGUUCUUAAAUUAUAAUCAGCAGCAAACAAAAAAAACAAUUGUAGCUACACUCAUUCGCCACAGAAGGCAGCAAAUAAAGCAGCAGCAGCAGCAGCAGCAGCAACAGCAGCAGCAGCAGCAGCAGCGACGGCAGCUAGUGCAGCAGCAGCAGCACCACCAUGACGACAGCGGCUGGGCAUCUGAAGCCGCAGCGGAUGCACCCCCAGCAGCAGCAGCAGCAGCAGCAACAGGGGGAGCAGCAGCAGGAGAAGCAGCAGCAGCAGCAGCAGAAGGAGAUGCUGAUAUGCCUUUGCCGCUGGCCCUUGCUGAGGUGUACGUGCAGCACCAGCAGCAGCUGCACAGCAUCGCUCCCCGCCCCUAUUUAUUUAGAGAAGCAUGUGUAAAAGAGUUUGCUGCUGGAGCCCUUGCUGCAGCAAAUGCUCUCUACCCCCCAACUGUCUCCUUCGAUCCCUUUGCUGCUCCUGCUGCUGCUCCUGCUGCUGCUAAAGCUAAGCUGCAGCAGCUAGCGCAGCUCGUGCAUGCGCCUGCACUGCCGCUGCUGCAGACAGAAACCCAGCAAACAAUCAGCAGAUUAAUAAACUCAAAUUCUUCAGAACAAACAAACACAAACAGAUCCCUCAAUAAACCUACCAACCAGGGGGGCCCCCUAGAUGAGGGGGGCCCCCUAGCAGCGGGGGGCCCCCUUAAAGUGGGGGGCCCCCUAGAAGAGGGGGGCCCCCUAGCAGUUGGGGGCUCCCUAGAAGAGGGGGGCCCCCUAGCAGUUGGGGGCCCCCUAGAAGAGGGGGGCCCCCUAAGAGUGGGGGCCCCCCUUAAAGUGGGGGGCCCCCUAGAAGAGUGGGCCCCCCUUGAAGUGGGGGGCCCUCUAGAAGAGGGGGGCCCCCUAGAAAAUGAAGGGGGCCCCUUUGAAGGUGAAGGGCGCCCCCUUGAAUGUGAAGAGGGGGGCCCCCUUAAAGAGGGGGGCCCCCUUAAAGAGGGGGGCCCCCAAGGGGGGCCCCCUUUGAAAGGUGAAGAUAAGAAGGGUUGGGGAGUGUUUGGGUUUGAAACCCCAAGGCGUACUUGGGAGUUGAAUGAGGGUUUAGGUUUGUUUGAGGAGGGUGCAGCUCCGAGUGUUAUAAUAAGAAGGCCAGGAGAAGAAACGGGAAGAAACGAUGGAGGAGACGAUCCCAACCCCACAAACGAUCCCGAUCCCGACCCCACAAACGAUCCCGAUCUCGAUCUGCACGCAAGUGGGCGUGUGGGACGUCGGAGAAGCGCUGCUGCAGCAGCAGCAGCAGCAGCAGCAAGAGCAGCAGCAGCAGAGGAGGGUUUGCUGCCUUUUAUGGAGGAGGCGUUGAAGGCUGAGGAGGACUAUGAAAGAGGACCGCACUGGUGCGGGGAGGCGAGCGUUUGUUUAGUGCUUGACUCUAAAGGACUGAUAAUCGAUAAGGGUUAUAUGUUAAAAAGAAAUUUAAGUUUAGAGCUCUGGGCUUCAGGAUUUUCUUUCUCCCAAGUCCUUGAAUACCUCACGGAGCUCGCCAACUUCUGCAAGAAGAGCGGGUUGCAGAUUUCGCUAAACCCUUCCCCGAAAAGCAGCAUUUUAUCAUUGCAAGGGCCUCAAGCGAUGCAGCGUUUUGUGCAGCAGACAGAAGCCCAGCUGAGGAGACAGCAGGAGGAGGCGUUCCCAGGAGGGUUUGCGGUGGAGUUGAGCGAUGGAUGGGCUCAUUCCGCACAUUUGCGAGUCCCCCAAAUGCGCGUUUCGUUUCUCUGCAGCACCAUCAGCAGCAGCAGCACCAUCAGCAGCAGCAGCAACAGCAGCAGCAACAGCAGCAGCAGCAGCAGCAGCAGCAGCGAGGUUGAGGAGUAUAUAAUAAGCUGCGUUCGCGGGGGUUGUUUGGGAGAAGACGCAGUAGAGUUUGCUGCUGAGUCUGCUGCAGCAGAAAUCCUUGUUCGGGGCUCUUAUGAGGGCCCCUCUAGGGGCCCCUCUAGGGGCCCCUCUGGGGGCCCCUCUGGAGGCCCCUCUGGAGGCUUCUUUGGGGGCCCCUCUGGGAGCCCCUUGGGUCUUAUGGGGGCCCCCUUUGGGGGCCCCUCCGGGGUCCCCUCUGAGGGCCCCUCUGGGGGCCCUUUGGGGGCCCCCUUGAAGGAUGGUAGCGGAGAUACGUCGUGGGUAUUAGAGGAUUGUGUGUCUGGGGGCCCCCUAUAUGAGGGCCCCUCUACUGGGGGCCCCCUAUAUGAGGGCCCCUCUACUGGGGGCCCCCCUGCUGGGGGCCCCCAGAAGGAUUUGUUUGGGGGUUGUAGUUUGUAUGGGUUUGUGGGUCGGCCUUAUUUGGGGUGUAUGCAGAGCUUAGAGAUGCUGCGAGUAGAGGCGGGUUUGCCUUUGCUGGGCGUCGACAUUUGGGGCUGUCAUGGAGCGGUGCAUGCAGGGCUAGGAAGAUUAAUAAGUUUAUAUAAAGUGAAGCAAAGACUACUCAUUGGGGCUGAAGCUCUUAGCAAACAACUUGCAAAAGCACCUAAAGUCAGAAGAAUUACCUUCUUGGUUGGAGACCCUCAAAGAAUUAACAGAGCGGUCAAAAGACAGCAGCAAAUCGCCCUGCAGAUACAGCAGCAGCAGCAGCAGCAACAGCAGCUACUGCAGCAGCAGCUCCUCCAGCAGCACGAACAACAACAACAGCAUCACCAACACCAACAUCAGCACCAGCAUCAGCACCAGCAUCAGCAGCAGCAUCUGCAGCAGCUGCAGCAGCUACAGCAUCAGCAGCAGCUACAGCUGCAUCAUCAUCAGCAUCAGCAGCAGCAGCAGCAGCAGCAGCAGCAGGAUGAGUAUUGCUGCAUGGAAGAGUGUGCACGCUUAGAGAGCCUGGCCUUCCCCUUGAGAGGAGCAGCAGUGCUCAGCGUCUCUGACAAGAGGCCUUUAGGGGUCGUCUCAUCUGUCUCUUGGAGCCCCCUUCUUCGUUGCAGAGUCGGGCAAGCAGUGGUGCUCUUCGAAUUUGCUAAACACAAUGAACCUGUGUUAUUUGCAGUGCCCCGAGCAAUAGCUGCAGAUACACCGAAGAAGAAAAAGAAAAAAAUAAUAAGAGGCAGACGUCAGCGAAGUUUAAUUCCCGGGUGUAUCGUCAGCUCGCCGCUCAUUCCUUUCAAAUAUCCUUUG